UCCUCCGCAGGACUUUAUAAGAGGCGUUUCUUCAUGUGUCCGCUCUGCCUUUGACAUUAAAACCUCUUGGAUAUCGGGACAGGUUGCUGCCGUGUCGUGGAUCUCGCUCAUUUCAAACAAUGUCGGAGUCCAUAAAGAACGUCGCGAUAUUUGGAGCCACGGGAAUGACCGGUCUGGCAACGCUGGCGCAGGCGGUGGCUGCAGGAUACAACGUGACUGUGCUGGUGCGGGACGCCUCCAAGCUGCCUGCUGACCACAAGGCGGCCAGAGUGGUGGUGGGUGACGUCCUAAAUAAAGACGAUGUGAAGAAGACUCUGGAAGGCCAAGAUGCAGUGAUCAUCGUCCUGGGAACCAGAACUGACCUCAGCCCAACCACCAUGAUGUCUGAAGGCACCAAGAACAUUGUGCAGGCCAUGAAGGCACGAGGGAUCCGUAAAGUGAUUGGCUGCAUGUCAGCUUUCCUUCUGUGGGAUCGCUCCAAAGUCCCGCCUCGUCUGAUUCCCGUGACGGAGGAUCACGACCGGAUGUACACGGUCCUGAAAACCUCCGGGCUCGACUACGUGGCUGUUAUGCCUCCUCACAUUGCUGGCGACCUUCCUCUGACUGAGCGCUACAUGGUGACAGAGAAUAUGCUUAAAGGACGAGCCAUCUCCAAGCAUGAUCUGGGACAUUUCUUUGUCAAGUGUCUGUCCACGUCAGAGUGGGACGGAAAGACUGUGGGAGUCAGCGGGGAGUACAAAUAAUCCCAACAAACUCCAUGCAGAUGCUUCCAUUUUUUAUGCCUUUCCACUAAAAAGCAAACGGAACAGAAAAUACUGACAAAUAAUGGGGCAUUUUUAGACCGUUUUCAUACUAUUGAAACCUAUUUUGAAUUUAAAAAAAAAAAAAUGCUUAAAUUCUUUGUUUUCUUGUGUUUAACACAUGAGACAUUUGUAAAGAAUAGCUAAUUAUUUGCCCUGCUCCUUUUUAAGCUUUCUGUGAAUUUUAUCCUGUCGCCAAACUUUGUCAUGUGAUCCUUUUCACAGUUUCUCCUGCUCUGGAUCCAGUUUAAAGCUGGUGAUUAAUAAAAGUCUUUGUUCUA